UACUAAGUAUAUUUUACUCAAAUAGUUGACUUUUGGACUAGUCAGAGAUAAACAGUUUAUGUAAAUAUAUACUAUAGAACAAAUUUGUGUUAAUUUAUUUUUUGUGAAAACUUCGUCCAUUUCACUACAUAUAAAAAUAUGGCUAGUUUAGCAAAAGGUGUUUUCAUCGUUGGAGCCAAACGUACUGCGUUUGGUACCAUGGGAGGUGCCUUAAAAAAUGCAACUCCAGCAGAUAUGCAAACAGCUGCUUCCAAAGCUGCAUUAGCGUCAGCAAAUCUUAAACCACAAGAUGUUGAUUCUGUCGUUGUUGGUAAUGUAUUACAAGUUUCUACAGGGGAUGGAGCAUUCGUUUCUCGCCAUUCUGCAUUAAAAGCUGGAAUACCAAAUGAAGUACCAGCUUUAACUAUUAACAGAUUAUGUGGAUCUGGAUUCCAAUCAAUUGUCAAUGGAGCUCAAGAAAUUCAAUGUGGUGCAGCAAACAUUGUUUUAGCUGGUGGAACUGAAAAUAUGAGUUUGGCUCCAUAUGUAGUUAGAAAUAUUCGUUUUGGAACAAUGUUGGGUGCACCUUACUCUUUUGAAGAUUCUUUGUGGGUUGGUCUCACCGAUAGUUAUUGUAAAAUGGCUAUGGCACAAACCGCUGAAAAAUUAGGAGAACAAUAUAAUAUUACAAAAGAGGAAGUUGACAACUAUGCAUUACGUUCACAACAAUUAUGGAAAGCAGCUCAAGACGAAGGUCGUUUUAAAGCUGAAAUUGCUCCAUUAGAAAUCAAAGUGAAAAAGCAAAAUGUUUCAUUUGAAGUCGAUGAACAUCCAAGGCCAAAAACUACAUUAGAAGGUUUACAAAAACUUCCAACAUUAUUUAAGAAGAAUGGAUUAGUAACCGCCGGAACGGCUUCUGGAAUCUGUGAUGGAGCUGGUGCUGUUAUUGUAGCUAGUGAAUCUGCCGUUAAAGACAAAGGACUUAAACCACUUGCCCGAUUAGUAGCGUACGCAACAGUUGGUGUAGACCCAUCAAUUAUGGGUAUUGGCCCUGCUCCAGCAAUUGCUAAAUUAUUGAAAGUAUCAGGAAAAAGUCUUAAUGAUAUUGAUCUUAUCGAGAUAAAUGAAGCUUUUGCUGCUCAAACUUUAUCUUGUGCUAAAGAAUUAAAAUUAGAUAUGAAUAAAUUAAACGUAAAUGGAGGUGCAAUUGCUUUAGGACAUCCAUUAGGUGCUUCAGGUUCAAGAAUUACAGCUCACUUAGUACAUGAACUCAAGCGUCGUGGAGGUAAAUAUGGUAUUGGCAGUGCAUGUAUUGGAGGUGGUCAAGGAAUUGCUCUUUUAAUUGAAGCACUCUAAGUCAUUAUUUUAUGGACGUAUUCUGAUUUGAUUAAGGAAUUGGCGUUUAAAAUGUUUAAUAUCAUUACAAUUUUAAAGGAGUAUUAUGAUAUUCAAUAAUUUUAGGUCUUAAUUUUUAAGUAAUCGUAUUUUCCAAUUUUACAUUUGUUAUUGUU